AUGGCGGAGCUUGAUGGUGAUGACGAUAGCAAACCACCCCGCUUGGCAUCGGACACCAAUGCGGAGGUACUGCCCUCACGACGGCAGAAGGCACCAACCGCGGUGCAUGAUGCCGAUGAGGGCAAGAAGAUGAGCAAACGGAAGAAGCGGAAACUGGAGCAGCUUGCGCAGAAGAAGGCAAGCAAGGAGCUGCGUACGCAAGUGCUGGAGGAACUGAAGGCUGUACAACUGACGGCAGAGCAGGCCGAACUCCUUAGAGCCUCGCAGAGCACGAGGUUGUCCAAACGGCAGCAGAAGGCCAUGGCGCAGCGCCGUGCGCAACUGGGUGUGCCUCUGACCUCGGACAUGAAGGAUACGCUGAAGCGACGGCCCCGUCAGCUCAAACGGCGCCACGAAACCGAAGCACAGGAGGGCGGCAGUGGUGAUGCUGGAAGCGAUGAGGUGUCCAGCGAGGACCCGAAACCCAGCCGAGCCAUGGCAAAAGCUGCAGUGGCACCUCCCACCGAGGCUGGUGCAGGAGCCCCCCAGCAGAAUGUUGCAAGGGCGCAUCCUCCGCCAAGCAAGGCCAAGGCGAAACCCAAGGCCGAAAUCAAAGCACCCGAGCCUGUUGAGCCCGCUGCACAGCCACUGGUGCGAGUGCACGUGCAGCGGACGACUGACAUCGAGGACCAGCGCUCAAAGCUCCCAGCUGUGAUGAUGGAGCAGGAAUUCACAGAGAUGGUGUUGGGCAAUGAUGUGAUGCUGGUCUGUGGUGAUACGGGAUGUGGCAAAUCGACACAGGUGCCGCAGUUUCUCUAUGAGUGCGGCCUCUGCAAUGGCGAUGAACACCUCAUAGGUGUGACGCAGCCGCGUCGUGUUGCAGCGAUCUCCGUCUCGCAGCGAGUGGGACAGGAGUUGAACCAGCCAGAAAAGGUGGGCUACCAGGUCAGGUACGACAAGAGCCACUGCACCAAAGACAUGCGGAUCAAGUUCAUGACCGACGGGAUUCUGCUGAGGGAGGUGCAAGCGGAUUUCCUCUGUCGCAAGUACACGGCCAUUGUCAUUGACGAGGCGCAUGAGAGGGGAGUCAACUGCGACAUUCUGAUCGGCCUCCUUUCCCGAGCUGUUCAGCGGCGGCGGAGGGACUAUGAGGAGGCAGUAGCCCGGAGGAGGAAAGCAAAGGGAGAUGCCAACGAUUCGCAGCUCCCACCUCCCCUGAAGCUUGUGAUCAUGUCUGCGACCUUGCGGCUUUGCGACUUCACGGAAAACAACCAGCUUUUUCCAUCACCUCCCCCGGUGCUGCGCAUUGAUGCUCGCACAUUCCCCGUCACAGUUCAUUUUGCUCGGCGAACAGAUGAAGACUACAUCAAGGCGGCGCAUAGGUCAGUGCUCCAGAUUCACAAGGAACUGCCUCCAGGGAGCAUCUUGGUCUUCGUGACUGGGCGGCAGGAGGUUCACCGCCUCUGCAGGAUGCUGCAGCAGUCGCAGAUGAUGGCUUCGCAGCAUGGUGAGGUGCCCGAGGCCGAGGAGGAGCCGCAGCGGGAGCUGGAGCUGGAGGCAUCAGACGACGAGGCUGCCGAGGAGGACCCGGAGGAUGAAGUGCUGCACAGCGACGGCAGCAAGGCUGACAACGGUGAGAAUCCAGCCAGGUGCCCAAAGAAGGCCAAAGGCAAAGGCAGAAAACGCAAGGCAACACCUGUGUCUGAGAACCUUCCGGGCGAUCCGAAUGCAGAUGCGGGAGGGGGCCCAAAGCCCAAGAAGAAGCGCCGCAAGAAAGUCAAGGAAGCCGCGCAUGGUGAGGCAGCGACCACUGCGAAGGAGCAGGAGGAGGAGGAGGGGAAGCUGGCAACUCAAGAGGAGAUGCCGGACCUCUCCUUCGCCCUGGGGGAGGAGGACACGGUGCUACUAGAGUCCGAGGCCGCUGCUGCGGAUGAGGAUGCCAAGGACCGGGAGCUGCGAAACCAGCGCAAAGUGAGGAUGACGAGGCUGGACAAAUCAAGGACAGCUGGAGGGGUCUUCAAAGGGACCGGAUUUGGUGAGGGGCCCAUGCGCGUGCUGCCCUUGUAUGCCCAGCUUUCCGCGACGAGACAGCUGGCACCCUUCGCAGACCCGCCAGAAGGUGAACGCGUGGUGGUGAUCUCCACCAAUGUGGCCGAAACGUCAGUCACCUUGCCCAAUGUGCGCUAUGUCGUGGACACUGGGAAGGAGAAGCGGCGGCGGUGCGAGCCAGUUGCCAACUUUGCUGGCUGUGGUUACAUGUCGGAGGUGGUGAUGCAGCAGCAUGCUGCUCGAAGGAAGGACUGGGCAGCCUGGCAGGUCAAGGAGGAGGAGCUUUGCGACGAAAUCCGUGAUCUCAACGGACAGCUUCAGGCCGAGCAGCAAGAGCGCGAUCAGGCGAUGGGCCGCGAAACGAUCCUGGAGCAGGAGCUCCGUGCGGAGCGGCGCCGCCGCAUCGACCUGGAGGCGCAGCUGACGCUGUCGGACACCUGGAAGGCCGAGGCGGCGGCUGCAGACCGGGCGGCCCGCCUGGCGACCUCGAACUCCGCGCUGGCCUCCGCGGCCGAGUCGGAGGCUGCGCGCGAGUGGAAGCGCCAGGCGGCCGAGGCCCGGCGCGGGGAGGCCCAGGCCCGUGCGGGGCAGCAUCGUGAGGAGCUGGCGUACUCUACGCUGCACCGGCAGUUCGAAGAACGGGAGGCCCAGUACUGGGCCCAGUACCAGCAACGAGUGCAGCAGGCGCGGGCCAGCGAGGCGGAGGUUUUGGCGGAAGCCUGGCAGAUGUCGGGGGAGCUGCGGAGCGAACUGGAUGCCGUCCGCGAGCGCGACCUGUCCGAACGGCCCCUCUCCGAGCAAAGCAGCGCCAGACAGGCGCUGCAGGACUUGCGAGAGCUGCGGCAGCGCUACACGGACAUGCUGGACCCCUGA